AUGGGUGUGGGGGGUGGUGGUGGGGUGAGGGGGUGGGGGGGGUGGCAGGUGGGGGGGGGGGGGGGGGGGGGGGUUGAGGGGGGGGGGGGUGGGGGGGGGGGGGUGUGGGGGUGGGGUGGGUUGGAGUGUGGGGGGGGGGUGGGUAGGGGGUGGGGGGGGGUGGGUGGGGGGGUGGGGGGGGGGGGUGGGUGGGUGGGGGGGGGGGGGGGGGGGGGGGGGGGGGGGGGGGGGGGGGGGGGUGGGGGGGGGGGGGGGGGGGGGGGGGGGGGGGGGUGGGGGGGGGGGGGGGGGGGGGGGGGGGGGGGGGGUGGGGGGGGGGGGGGGGGGGGGGGGGGGGGGGGGGGGGGGGGGGGGGGGGGGGGGGGGGGGGGGGGGGGGGGGGGGGGGGGGGGGGGGGGGGGGGGGGGGGUGGGGGGGGGGGGGGGGGGGGGGGGGGGGGGGGGGGGGGGGGGGGGGGGGGGGGGGGGGGGGGGGGGGGGGGGGGGGGGGUGGGGGGGGGGGGGGGGGGGGGGGGGGGGGGGGGGGGGGGGGGGGGGGGGGGGGGGGGGGGGGGGGGGGGGGGGGGGGGGGGGGGGGGGGGGGGGGGGGGGGGGGGGGGGGGGGGGGGGGGGGGGGGGGGGGGGGGGGGGGGGGGGGGGGGGGGGGGGGGGGGGGGGGGGGGGGGGGGGGGGGGGGGGGGGGGGGGGUGGGGGGGGGGGGGGGGGGGGGGGGGGGGGGGGGGGGGGGGGGGGGGGGGGGGGGGGGGGGGGGGGGGGGGGGGGGGGGGGGGGGGGGGGGGGGGGGGGGGGGGGGGGGGGGGGGGGGGGGGGGGGGGGGGGGGGGGGGGGGGGGGGGGGGGGGGGGGGGGGGGGGGGGGGGGGGGGGGGGGGGGGGGGGGGGGGGGGGGGGGGGGGGGGGGGGGGGGGGGGGGGGGGGGGGGGGGGGGGGGGGGGGGGGGGGGGGGGGGGGGGGGGGGGGGGGGGGGGGGGGGGGGGGGGGGGGGGGGGGGGGGGGGGGGGGGGGGGGGGGGGGGGGGGGGGGGGGGGGGGGGGGGGGGGGGGGGGGGGUGGGGGGGGGGGGGGGGGGGGGGGGGGGGGGGGGGGCGGGGGGGGGGGGGGGGGGGGGGGGGGGGGGGGGGGGGGGGGGGGGGGGGGGGGGGGGGGGGGGGGGGGGGGGGGGGGGGUGGGGGGGGGGGGGGGGGGGGGGGGGGGGGGGGGGGGGGGGGGGGGGGGGGGGGGGGGGGGGGGGGGGGGGGGGGGGGGGGGGGGGGGGGGGGGGGGGGGGGGGGGGGGGGGGGGGGGGGGGGGGGGGGAGGGGGGGGGGGGGGGGGGGGGGGGGGGGGGGGGGGGGGGGGGGGGGGGGGGGGGGGGGGGGGGGGGGGGGGGGGGGGGGGGGGGGGGGGGGGGGGGGGGGGGGGGGGGGGGGGGGGGGGGGGGGGGGGGGGGGGGGGGGGGGGGGGGGGGGGGGGGGGGGGGGGGGGGGGGGGGGGGGGGGGGGGGGGGGGGGGGGGGGGGGGGGUGGGGGGGGGGGGGGGGGGGGGGGGGGGGGGGGGGGGGGGGGGGGGGGGGGGGGGGGGGGGGGGGGGGGGGGGGGGGGGGGGGGGGGGGGGGGGGGGGGGGGGGGGGGGGGGGGGGGGGGGGGGGGGGGGGGGGGGGGGGGGGGGGGGGGGGGGGGGGGGGGGGGGGGGGGGGGGGGGGGGGGGGGGGGGGGGGGGGGGGGGGGGGGGGGGGGGGGGGGGGGGGGGGGGGUGGGGGGGGGAGGGUGGGGGGGGGGGGUUGGGGGGGGGGGGGGGUGUGGAUGGUGGGGUGUUGGGUGGGUGGUUGUGGUGUUGUGUUGGUGGGUGGGGGGGUUGGGGUGGGGGGGGUGUUUUGUGGGGGUUUGUUGGGUGGGGGUUGGGGUGGGUGGUUUUUGGGGGUGUUGUUUGGUAUAGGAUUGAUUAUAUGUGUAAUUUGA